AUGCUUGUGGUCCUGGCUUUCUUUGGCAAACCUGGGGGCCACGAAAUCCUCGUAGACACUCACCACCACAAACGCAGCCACGCCAAGUCCGAGGCCCGGCAGGGCGCCUUUGAGCCGCUGUGUCUUAUGGAACACUCCUUCGUAUCUCCAUGCAUCUCUGCGUCAGUAGCUGUUGGGAAAAUAAUUACCUUUUCGUCCAAGGAUCUCCUCGAAGAUCUGGUCGUGUCACCACUGCUACAGGGCGUUCGAUCUGCCCUGCAUCCGAGACUGGGCCAAAAGAGGAUCAUCCACCGCGAAAGACCGUUCCUGGCGAUGUCCUGCGUGCAACAACACCCACUUCAAGCUCCCGAAACAGUACACGUGCUGGUGUGGCAAGGUGCUCAACCCGCCCGAAAACGAGUUCGAGCCUCAUUCCUGUGGCCAGACCUGCAACUCGCCGCUGCCAAACUGUGUCCACGGCUGCUCGCUUCCUUGCCACCCGGGCCCGCAUAUGAAAAAGUGCACAGCCAUGGGGCCCGUGAUGAAAUGCAGCUGUGGAUCGGCCGAGCGGCAGCUCCCCUGCGCGCUGACUCCGUACAAGACGGGCUGGUCGUGCUCCCGGCCCUGCGACGACCUGAUGCCCUGCAAUUUGCACAGGUGCGCCCGCAGCUGCCACGCCGGGCUGUGCGGCCCUUGCGAGAAACCCAUCACCGGCCGCUGCUACUGCGGAAAACACACUGCCUCGCUCAAGUGCCACGAGCGUGCUCCGCUGCGGUCUCACACGGCAGCUGCACAGUGGACGGGCUGUUUCCAGUGCGACGAGGUCUGCGACGACUUGCUGGACUGCGGGAACCACAGGUGCACAGAACCGUGUCAUUCCAAGACGCCCAACGGCCACAAGUGUCCGCGGUCGCCAGCCCUGCUGACCCGCUGUCCGUGCGGAAAGCACAAGCUGGACCAACUCGCUUCCCCACGGACGUCCUGCUUGGACCCUGUGGCGACCUGCGGCGAGACAUGUGGCAAGAAGCUCGACUGCGGCCACACGUGCUACUGGCCGUGCCAUGA